GAGGCGCGCACUGCACAGCGCUCACCCUGCGCCGCCGCCCCAGCGGACCCGCCAGCCCGCGCGCCGGUCGUGAGCCCCUCUGUGCUCGCCAUCCGACCCCGCAGCCAGCCAGCCAGCCCGACCCCACCCCGACCCUGCCCGCCCUCCGGACCCUGGCCGCCGCGAGUGGAUACAGGAGCAAAAUGAUGCUUCAACACCCAGGCCAGGUCUCUGCCUCGGAAGUCAGUGCCUCUGCCAUCGUCCCCUGCCUGUCCCCUCCUGGGUCACUGGUGUUUGAGGAUUUUGCUAACCUGACACCCUUUGUCAAGGAAGAGCUGAGGUUCGCCAUCCAGAACAAGCACCUCUGCCACCGGAUGUCCUCGGCGCUGGACUCCGUCACCGUCAGCGGCAGGCCCCUCGAGAUGUCAGUCACCAAAGCCGAGGUAGCCCCUGAAGAAGAUGAAAGGAAAAAGAGGCGACGGGAAAGAAAUAAGAUUGCAGCCGCCAAGUGCCGAAACAAGAAGAAGGAGAAGACAGAGUGCCUGCAGAAAGAGUCGGAGAAGCUGGAGAGCGUGAAUGCUGAGCUGAAGGCGCAAAUUGAGGAGCUCAAGAAUGAGAAGCAGCAUUUGAUAUACAUGCUCAACCUGCACCGGCCCACGUGUAUUGUUCGGGCUCAGAACGGGCGGACUCCGGAAGAUGAGAGGAACCUUUUUAUCCAACAGAUAAAGGAGGGAACAUUGCAGGGCUAAGCAGCCGUGGUAUGGGGCGACUGGGGAGUCCUCAUCGAUCCUCCUUUUACAUCCGAAACCCUGAAGCCAUUGGAGAUCUGACUUCCUAUGCACCUCUUGAAUCCCAGCAGGCAAGAACCAUCAAGGUGGGAGUGCCCUCCGUGACUCAGCCAGGCCUUUCCACUCUACUCCAGAGUGGACUUUGGACCGGGGCAAGGGCAUCUUUUGCCUCCACUCCAGGAUUUAAGCCUUAACAUCCCGGCCAUCCUUGGAUUCUCCAGAUGACCCCCAGUUAGGGUCCUGCCUCCCUCGCAUCUGGAUUCUGCAAAAUUCAGGACUCCACCAUUAGCAUCCAUGCAGAAGUGUCUGUAACCUUGGGUGGGUGGGGUGGGGCCACCUCCUCCGCUGCUGCCGCCACUGUCACUUGUAGGGGACAUGGAGUGAGAAUGGCAUCUCGUGAAGUUGUGCAAUGGCCAGGGUUGUGCUUUCUAGCAAAUACGCUGUUCUGUACAGGAGUUGCUGUGUGCAAGGCGUUUGUUUCAAAACUAGGCGUUGUGCUCUACUGAUGUUCGUGCCGCACGACACCGCUGUGACUUUUUCGUGACUUAGCUCAGACCUGGUUUCUGAGAGUCUGGGGGGCUGUCGCCACGUGCAGUGUCUUGCUAAGUGUUCAGGUGGCCAGAAGGGCUUGCCAGCUCUGGCAGGAGAGAACUGGGCUGGGCAGUGCUGAGUGCAGUUUUGUGCCAACAGAAAAGACCUCUUCCGCUUGGCUCUCAGGCAUUAAUGCGGGCCCUCUAUUGCAAACUCAGUUAUAAGGUCACAGGAAGAAAGCAGAAACACGAGUCCAGCUUCCAAAGGCUUAGGAGUCUCUGCUCAGUGACUUAGGUCAGGAAUUUUUUUCUAGGCGGGAAGAGCCAAAGAAUAUUCCACUUUUCCUGUUCUUGCAACUGAAAACCACAUUCAGUGGACACGCAUUUGAAGCCAGGUGAUGCCUAGGCUUUAGCAUUAUCAGAUGUUAAUGGCAUUGUUUCUGUCAUGCAGAUGUUUGUGGAAAUCUGGCCCAGAGCACUGAUAGCUGUGAGAAAGUCGACUCACACUGGCCAGGAGGUCUCUGGCUACUGUCUGUUUAAAUUCUGACGUUUCUGUGAAAUCCUCAGAGUGUUUAAUCCUACUCAGUAGUAUCAUUACAAUUUUCUGUAAGAGAAAAUAUUACUUAUUUAUCCUAGUAUUCUUAACUUGUCAAUAUAAUAAAUAUUGGAACCAA